AUGGCAUUCACCACAGGAGAAGCUGACUCGAGUUCUCUGCCUCUUGGCGUUGGGUUCGCUCUCCUCCUUAAGAAGGAUCUUGCCCGCCUGUCACGGUCACGCCCAAUGCUGAACCUUAAGCUUGAACGGCCAUACAAGGACGAUGCAGGUGUUCGGCUGCCCAUUCUCGAGGACAUCGCGCCGGAUGGUUCACGCGUAUACGAGACCCCUGUUGACCCACAACAAUCUCUUGCUGACCGAUUAAGACGAAUAUUUGCUGAGCGUGGUCAUGACUUCUUCGACCGGAAUGAGUCUCAACUCACGGACAUCGCUGCACCGGAGAAGGAAGAGGAUAAGGAAGAAGAAUCAGCUCAAGACAAGUCUGUGGGACCAAUGACAGUCGACGAACUCAACAAGAUGCGGUUUGAGCUGCUCAACCACCUUUUCACUGCGUAUGGUGAAAUGACCCUAGCAAGAGACCUACUGGACACGCUAUUAAACACGUCUUCAUCGAGUAUCGCGGCCACAUCCACUGCUGCUAUCCUGGCUGGACUGGGUGUGGCCCCAACUGCUGCUCCGCCUUCCUCUCCAAAGCUUUCAUCGACGACGGUCUCAAAGCCCGCUUCAAUUGUUUCAGUACAAGCAUUUGACGCGCAACUCACCAUUGGUGGUAAAGAUGAAGCAUUGAGAAGCGCGUCUGCUGUCUUUAAAACGGCAGCAGGAAGCAUGGAAAGGGCUCGAAUACGAGGAGAACGUUAUUGGGUCAACGCACUGAAGGUUCGACGCGCAAAUUGGGGACUAAGUCCUGCGCCGUUACCAUUUGGCGCGCCAACAGGUAAAGGUGCUGACAAGACCUCUAAGGAUUUCCUUAUUUCGUAUGGUCUUGAGGAAGCCUCUGCGAUGUUUCGAAGACGUGCCGUUGCCCGAAUGCCGAUUUACGAACAACCGUCAGAACCCAUGAUCUUCCCCCAUCGCCAGAAAACAAGAAUGAGCAUCUCUGUCAGCAAUGUUGACCCUCCAAGCAAGAAGCUACUGUCGAUCAACACUAUGUCUACCAUGGACGACGGAUCUGUCGACUUUGCAUUACGUGCAGCCCAACGAGAAGUUGUCGAACACGAGAUCUUCUCUAACUUGGUCAAAGAAGCGGGCUCCCUUCCAACCUCUACCGCCCGUGUUUCAGAACGACUCAUUGUUAUUGAAGCAGCCAAAGGAUUAGAAUUAAGAUUCGAUUUGCUUGACGACGACGCGAUACCUCUCCAUCCUCCGAAUGUUUCCAGCGCGAAAUGCGACUUGAUUUAUCAUAUGCUACAGGCACUGCUAUUACGCAGGCAUGCGUAUCUUAAACACGUCCGACUUAGUGGUGCAGGCGUCUUUCGUCGGUCAGAUGCGCCUGAGGCACGGCCUCCACCAUUAAUUCUUCGACCAAUCAUCGAUCUCCUCCAAUACGAAGUUUUUUGUGAACGAGUUCGUUCAGAGAUGGUGGCUGCUUCCAGUGGUCUUCGUACUGCAGGGAUAGAGGCAAUACUCCGAUUUGUUACUGUUGGUGGUACAGGACAAGGGCUCAUGGCGUUUCUCAGUGAUGCGGAGCAGAACGCGGUGGGCGGCCAGGCUCUGCUUAGGAUCGACAAACGACAUACUGUUCGUUUAACCUUCCGUUCACCACAGUCCUUAACGGCACACCUUUCACAAGCAACACUGUCAAUUUCAUCGAUUCCCCAAUUGCGCCAAAUGCUUGCAGACGAAAUUGAAGGUUGUUUACUGCGGAGGUUUUGCGAAUUGGGGCAGGAGUUGUGUGAGAGUGUAGGGGGGACAUGGUUCACAGACCAAUCUCUAGCGCUGGGCCGUUGGGAUGGUUGUGUUUUAAAUUUCCGCGUGUUCAUCACCGACUGUUCAAUCCGCUGUAGCGCGUCUAGCUUAACCAAGGCGGGACCAAAAGAGGGCGAUGCUAUGAACUACAGUGCUGACCUGGGGAUUCCGUUACUCACAUGGGUAGCACACACAAUACGAGACGCAUUGGACGUGUCAUAA